AUGCCGGAGAGGAUCGCUCUCAUCACCUUCCUGUCCCUCGUCAUGCUCAUGAGUGUCCUGGGGAACCUUCUGGUCAUGGUGGCAGUCUGCAAGGACCGGCAGCUGAGGAAAAUCAAGACCAACUACUUCAUAGUGUCUCUGGCAUUUGCGGACCUCCUGGUGUCGGUGUUGGUGAUGCCCUUUGGGGCCAUUGAACUGAUCCACCAGAACUGGAUCUACGGGGAGACAUUCUGUUUGGUUCGGACCUCCCUAGAUGUACUGUUGACCACAGCUUCCAUCCUGCACAUGUGCUGCAUAUCGCUGGACAGGUACUAUGCCAUCUGCUGCCAGCCUCUGGUCUACAGGAAUAAAAUGACACCUAUGAGAGUGGCUCUCAUGUUAGGAGGAUGCUGGGUAAUCCCGACAUUUAUAUCCUUCCUACCCAUAAUGCAAGGCUGGAACAGUAUUGGAAUAAACCAUUUGAUAGAGGAGCGCAAGUUCAGCGGGGACAGCAAUGGGACGCUGUGCGUUUUCAUGGUGAACAAGCCCUACGCGCUGACCUGCUCGGUGGUGGCCUUCUACAUCCCGCUGGGCCUGAUGGUGCUGGCCUACCAGCGCAUUUACGUGACUGCACGGGAGCACGCCCGGCAGAUCAGCAUGUUGCAGCGGGCGGGCGGGGCCGGCACCUCCUCCUCGGACAGCGCCGACCACCAGCGCAACCACCGCAUGCGCACCGAGACCAAGGCCGCCAAGACGCUCUGCAUCAUCAUGGGCUGCUUCUGCCUCUGCUGGGCGCCCUUCUUCAUCACCAACGUGGUGGACCCCUUCAUUGACUACACGGUGCCGGACAAGCUGUGGGCCGCCUGCCUGUGGCUGGGCUACAUCAAUUCCAUGCUCAACCCCAUCCUCUAUGCCUUCCUGAACAAGUCCUUCCGCCGUGCCUUCCUCAUCAUCCUCUGCUGCGGCCACAAGCGCUACCGUCGGCCCUCCAUCCUGGGCCCCGGGGCCCCCUGCACCACCACUCAGAUUAACGGCUCCACUCACAUGCUCAAGUAUUCAGUUCUUCACAACGGAAAUCACACUGAACAGGAGAAGCUGUCUCUACAGAAUGACACUGAGUCCCAGGAGUCGUGUUUCUGAUGGUGGCAGAGAGACAUUCCCAUUGAGUGCCGCCUUAUUGGAAACUACCAUUCCUCACCCAGACACACCCUUUGACAGGGACAGAGGAUUCCAGAAGCUCUUCGGAUCUGUGCCUCAGUCACACUCGGACGUUGACUCUCUAAACUUGAAGGAGCAUUACUUCGCCAAAGGUACUUAAUACGAUGAGCUGGUUUUGAAUGGAUUUCACUUUUCACUGAUCAAAAAAGAAGAAUAUGACAAAGAAAGUGACAUUUUUUUCUGGCCCCUCCCAUUUUGUUAGCUAAUGGUGAAGGAUUACUGAGGACUAUUGAAGAAUUUCAAUCAUGUAAAAUACAGCUUCACUACCAGUGUCCCCCAAAUAAAAUGUUGAACAAACCAGAUUGUACAAAGGCAGUACAGUGCCACAUAAGUGUUAAAAAUUGAUCUUAAGCGUUUUCCCCCCAUUUUGUUGUUUCUCAGUAGUUUUCCUACUCAGUGUCGGUAAA